AGAAAAGUGAGGCAUCGUAUGGCGAACUCUUUGGCGAUGUGUCCCAGGAUCUUUCACUACUUUUCAGAAAGUCGUUUGAAUUGCAAAAGGUAAAAGAAGGGACGAGUAUAGAAUUAUUAAUUUAAUACUAAAGCUGGAGUAAUACGAGCAACAAAAUUGCUGCAACUUGCAACAAAAUCUGAUUUCAACGCAUGUUAAUUGAAAAUGUUGACACAUGUUGCCUCGUGAUUUGUAAUUUAUGUGUAAACAUUUUCAAUUAACAUGCGUAGAAUCAGAUUUUGUUGCAAGUUGCAGCAAUUUUGUUGACCGUAUUACUCUACCUUAAGAAAGCUUCGGAUUGAUAGGGAUACAACUACUUGAAAAAUACAAGGAGAACUUCGACGUUUCGAGCGAUGGCCCUUCCGGCUUCAAGCGAAGUGUCUUCGCUCCAAACGUCGAAGUUCUCCUUGUUUAGUUCCCCUCGACGAGUGGGUGGGGAGCGACUUUUCAGAGGUGCUGCAAAAAAUGUCAGGGGAGGUGCAAAACGAUCCCAGGAUAGGUGGGCACCUCCACACUUCCCCUCAAAAUCCGGCCAUGGAAAUAAGAAGCAGUUUCUUUUGUCACAGUUACUUCUGGAACUGAUGUGCAUGAAGACAGAGGCGCUUGCCAACUCGUGCUCGGAGAAAGAUUUACACAACAUUACGUCAGGUAUGGCUAGGAUAUUCUGUAAUUCACGAGGCUUUUGUCCAAUCCAUCACGAGAUCGACGAGAAAAUCUGACAAAAUGGUAUACUGUAUGGGCAUGCUCAUGAGCAUGCUGACAUAUACAUACUAUAAUUCGGUAUGUUCAUGAGCAUGCUCAUUUACAUACCAAAAUCCUGUAUAUACUCACGAGCAUACUCAUAUAGGCUACAUACCAAAAUCCGGUAUAUACUCAUAAAUCUCAUAAAUCUCAUAUACUCAAAAAAAUCUCGUAUACAUACCAAAAUCCAGUAUACUCAUGAGCAUACUCAUACAUACCAAAAUCCGUACCAAAAUACAUUGUAUAAAUAAUUUAAUCAAAUUGUAGUCCUAAUUAUUGUGCAACCUUUUACAGUAUGUGAGAAUCUCUUGGAUAUAUGUGAAAUCACUGAACGUUUUGAUGGAAACAUGACGCCUGGAAUGUGGAAAUCAUUGAUGAGGUAAAAUGUAUACAAUCAUAAGGGAGUUUUUCACAGCUACCAUGCAUUACAGUUUUCUCACGUGGGAGGGAUGGAGGCAAUCAAAAUGAGGUUUUAUCUUAUUAGACUGCGACUAACUAGUUAAAUAUGAUUUUUUGUAUGUGUAAUAUUUGUAUCAUUCUAUAAGUAGAAAUGUAAUACUUGUUCAAGAAAAAAAUCUCAUCUUGAAAAAGUCUCAUCUUUUUCACUGUCAAAGUUUCCAGAUAUGAUAUCAUUACAGAAUUGCGAAUUAGUUUUCCUUUGUUUUUUUCGCUCCAAAAAUUCAUCUGAAGACAUCAUAUCUGGAAACCUUGACGGUAAAAAAAAUCACCAAGGCGAGGUUUUUACCAUAAAAACAUUACAUUUCUUCUCAGAAUGACCCAGAUAUUACACAUACCAAAAAUUUUAUUUGGAAUUGGUCGCACUUUAAUGGAGACAUGUGACAGUUCUUCUUUAACGGGAUUCUUGUUUUGCUUUGUUGUACAGUUUAUAAAUCCUGCUGUUUUCCUACUCUAUUUUCCAUCAGAUUGGUAAUGAGGAACAAGGAUGUCAUCAAAAAUCAUCUUCAGGUAUAGCUGAUAAAUUUUGUUUUACUAAACAUGGACCCCUUCCUGGAUCAAUUAUGACUAUACAUUGCUAUGUAGCUUAGACUUUAUUCUUGAAAUUAAUAUAAUUGUUUUAGAGCCUUGAAAUCAAUAUUAUUGUUUUAGAGCGACAGACUUGUGUCCCAGAUGUGUUUCACACUCGAAAGGAAACUUCAAAAUUAUGAAAAUCUUAUCAACACUAAAGAUAGCACAGAGCUUCACUCGACUGUAAAUAUAUUUCUUUAAUAUUAUUAUUGCAUUGUGGGCAGUGUUGUUUGGGCAGACCUAUGUUCAUGUUCCAGAUCUGCAAACAAGUUGUAACAAGGUUGUUGUCAAGCCGAUAUCAGGAUGUGUUCGCACUACUUGUUCCCAGUUGUUGUGACCAGUCUGGAACAAGUUGUUAUCACCUUGUUACAAGAUUUGAUGGUGGUAACAGACUUACUAUUCCAAGUUGUUCCAACAAGAAUAAUACAGGCUGUUCGUAACAAGUUGCUACGAGCUUGUAGCCAUCAACUUGUUACGUGCAGACGAUACCAGUACUGUUGGAAUAACUUGUUGCGAGUCUGUUGCCCUGAUCAACCUUGUUACAAGAUGAUAGCAACUUGUUCCAGACUUGUCAACAACUGCAGGGAAAUGUGAGCUCGUGAUGACGGCAAUACAAAAAUUGGCGGUAAAGAUGGUGCAGCAUAAUAUAAUAGUAUGCAAUUUUUGCAGAAUAAGCAUGUUUAUCUUUUUUGUAGAAUGAAUCAUUAUCUUCAAAGUUAUUAAAGGUGUUGAAGUUUUUGAUCAAGCUUUUGAUAAGUUUUGUCCAGGUACGUUAAUUGUUAAUGUUAUAAAACCUUGAAUUCAAGUCGAAGAAAAAUUGCCUCGUAUAACAUGACCUUAAAUGUUUAUGGUGUUACUCUGAGUGUGCAUCCACACCGGGCAAGCUGAAAAGUUUGCCAACGGUGGGAAUCGAACCCGCGACCUUUGGAAUACUAUGUAGUCCAAUGCUCUUUGGUUCGAUUCCCACCGUGGUCAGGCAAACUUUUCAGCUUGCUCGGUGUGGAUGCACACUCAGAGUAACACCACAAACAUAUUCAUCUGAGUACAUACUGUAAGACCGUGAACACACACAAAAAGUAUGGCUUUAAAUGUUUUGUAGAGUUUUCAAGAUUUUCUUCUUGCGUCUACAUUCAAGGAUAUCAUUACGCUCAUCUAUUCAGUAAUCAGGUAAACUUGUGCGUGAUUAUUAAAGAAAGUGAUUGAAUGGUUGCUAACCAAAUCAGAUGUCAUUAUUUUGAGAAAUAUUGGUUGUAUUUUGGCUCAAAAUUGCUUUUUCCAUCUUGCAGUGUAUCUUUUAAAAGAUUGACUAAACAAUCAACUGGAUCAACAGCUACAGGAGAUAAUAGCGCCUCGCUUAUUAUUAUUGU